ACAUCACUCUGGGGGGUUUAUUCUUCUUCAGAACUGAGACCUUCACCAACCCUGCUCAGGUUUUCCUCUUCUCCACUGGGAAUCCUAAACACUGGGAAAAUACUUUUCGGCCUCAAGGCUAGCUCACUAUUCCUGCCUUGCUUUGGCUGCUGCAAUCAAUUGCAUCAGCUAGCAAUUGAAUCUGUCUGCCUGCAAUCCAUCUCAUCGGUGAGCAACACAAUCUGCCUGUCUUAUCCCUUCAAUUGGGUGACUCUGGACUCUUGAUGUUUUCUGGCAGAGAGGAAUCCUCUGAUUUCCAUCAUGACUACCCACACCUUUUACCACCACAGAGAAGAGGAACAGAAGGAAGAGAGACACCGAGAUUUGCAAAUGACUUCACAGACGAGAAAGUCCAAAUUCAGGACCAGUGAAGAAGAAGAAAGCUUCACCUCCCUUGAUAGGACCAUCGCAUCUGCUCUUGCGCUGACAACUGAAGUAUCUUGGGAAACCAGGAUGAGACGGGAGGCCGCUAUACUAAACCUGGAAGAGAGGGGAAAGAAGAGAAUUCGUUUUGGGAAUGACAUGGAAAAGCUAGAGAAGGAUGUCAUCAUAUACUGCCGGUUCUUGCGGGUGAAGGCUGACAAGAUGGCCCUUCGGAGGAAGGCUGAAGCGAAGGCACUACUGGAAAAGGAAGUGAUGGAGCUGUUGUCCUGCCGGGCGCCCAUGUUUUGGAUCCCCCUGAGAGCUCACACGGUCUGGGAGAGGAUGAGCGUCACAUUGGAAUGCACCAUCCUGGCUAACCCUCAGCCAAAGGUCACCUGGUUUAAAAAUGGUGUUCGAAUUGACCCUCGUGUUGCUCCAGCAGGGAAAUAUAAAAUGAAGAAUGAAUUUGGAAUGCUUACCUUGGAUAUCAGGAGAUGCUCUUUGGAUGAUUCUGCCGAAUACAGCGUGGAAGUGAAGAACUCUUAUGGGGAAGCCAACUCAUUUGCAACCGUAUUUGUCAGGAAAUAUUAUGGGAUGGAAUCUGGAUUUGACUCAGAAAUCUAUAAAAAGAGGCUCAGAGACAUAGAAGCUGACUUUGCCAGCACGUUGAAGCCCAUCUUUGCUAGAGAGAAGGAACCGUUCACCCUCUUCUGCACUUUCACCUCAGACCUUCAGGAAUACCAACGAAACAUUUCCUGGUUCCGUGAUGGUGAGUUGCUGAAAGAUUCUGACCGCCGGCAAAUGAAAUGUGAGGACCGGGAGGCAACCCUGACAGUAUCCUGUGCUUACAAGGAGGAUGAAGGCUUUUACAGCAUCCGCAUCCCAACACAAGACGGCUACCAUGAACAAAAAGCUUAUGUGUUUGUUAGGGAUGCUGCAGCUGCAAUGGCUGGUGCUCCCGGAUCGCCUCUCCUCGUACAAUGUCAUGAUGUGAACAAAAACAGCCUCAUACUUUCGUGGAUACCACCCAGUGAUAAUGGUGGAAGCCCCAUCAUUGGUUAUUACAUUGAAAGGUGUGAAAUGGGCACAGAUGAAUGGGUUCCUUACAAUGACCAGCUGGUGAAAACUUGCAGGUCACCAGUUUUGGGUCUCAUGGAAGGAAAGACUUACCAGUUCCGCGUGAAGGCCGUCAAUUGUGCAGGAAUCAGUAACCCUUCAAAGGCCAGCAGCCCUGUGACAAUGAUCGAUCCCAAUGAGGCCAAGAGGUUGCUAAACAUUCCUUAUGACGAUGGGAUGAGGACAAUUAUAGUUUCAAAAGAUGAACUGGAACCUAAGAUUAAGAUCCCAUUGCCUCCCACCAAUGUUCAUGCCAGUGAGACCAGAGAAGAUUAUGUGAUCCUCUCCUGGGAUGAGCCAGAUCCCAGAGGCAAAGAGCCACUGAAUUACUAUAUAGAAAAGUCAAUCGCAGGGAGUGACAAAUGGCAAAUGGUUAAUCUGGAUAUUCCCGUCGGUUCCACCACUUUCCCUGUCUUGGGUCUGGAGAAGGCAAAAUCCUACUGUUUCCGAGUACGGUCGGUGAACAAGUAUGGAGUGAGCGAUCCUUCUUUGCCUAGUGACCCUAUCUCCCUGGGAAAAAAGAUUGCUCCACUUCCACCCCCAUCUCAGGUCCUGGCUUUCAGAGAUACCAAGACAUCUGUGGUCGUGCAGUGGAGCAAGCCAAGAAAAGGAGAGGAACCGCUGGGUUAUUACAUCUAUUGCCGGGAAGUUGGGACAGAUGAAUGGCAAACAGUGAACAAUAAACCUGUCACUUGUCAUGAAUUUACUGUUCCAGGACUCAAAACUGGCAAACAAUAUGUCUUCUGUGUCAAAUGUGUCAAUGAAGCUGGUGUCGGAGAAAGCUCCCCAGAAUCUGAUCCCAUUCUUGUGAGACAGGCAAUCUCUCUUCCAUCCGCCCCAAGAGAUUUUGCCCUGCUGAACUGUGGGAAGGACACCAUGACCAUAGGCUGGAAGCCUCCGAAACGCAAAGGUGGUUCAAAGAUUCUGGGCUAUUUCUUGGAUCAGCAUGAUACAUCACAGACUGACUGGCAUGAGACCAACAUUAAGCCCAUUGCUGAACGGGUUUAUACGGUCACCAACCUGGACGAAGGACAAUUUUACCAGUUCCGUGGUUAUGCAAUGAACAUAGUUGGUGUCGGGAAGGUGUCAGAGCCCAGUGAUAUUUUCAAAUGUGAGGAAUGGACAAUGCCAGAACCAGGACCUCCUUAUGAUGUCAGAUGUACGGAAGUAAGAGAUACCUCUCUGAUGCUCCAUUGGGAGCCACCUCUGUAUACUGGAGCGGGACCAGUCCGUGGUUAUUACGUGGAGGCCUGCGAGGAAGGAUCAGACACCUGGGAACAACUGAAUAAACAGCCGAUAUCAAACACACACAUGAAGCUGAGUGACCUGGAAACUGGGAAAUGUUAUAUUUUCCGAGUACGAGCUGAGAACAAGGCAGGUAUUGGCCCACCAUCACUGCCAUCAGAUCCUGUGAUAGUGAAAACCAAACCAGGCACCAAAGAAAUUGAAGUUGGGGUAGAUGAGGAAGGCUUCAUCUACUUGGCAUUUGAAGCUCCUGAGAUGGUUGACACUUCAGAGUUUAUUUGGUCCAAAGACUAUGAAGGACCUCCAAAUCCUGACCGAGUUGAAAUUGUAGACAAAGAUGACAAGUCCAAGGUCAUUCUGAAAUAUGCUACAGAACGGGACCUGGGAACAUAUUCGGUAGAAGUAACUGAUACCGAUGAAGACAUUUCUGCCAGUCAUGUUUUAACUCAGGAAGAACUGGACCGGCUACGAAUGAUCAGCCAUGAGAUUCGAAACCCCUUAAUCGAGCUGAUAUCUGGAUGGAACAUUGAUGUUCUGGAGAAAGGGGAAGUACAGCUUUGGCUAGAAGUUGAGAAACUCUCUCCAGAGGCUGAGCUUCAUUUGCUCUUCAAUGGGAAAGAGCUCAGAAGCACCCCGACGCAUAAGAUCAACUUUGACAGAGCUAAAGGCCUUGUGGAAUUGAUCAUCCAGGACUUCUGCGAGGACGACAAGGGGACCUACACUGCCCAUGUAAAAGAUGGCAAAGCGGAAAAUCAAUUUACUUUGGCUCUCGUUGGGGAUGAUUUUGAUAAACUUAAAGCAGAGGUUGAUGCCAAAAAGAAAGACUGGAAAAGAAAACAUGGUCCUCAUUUUAUUGAACAACUGGCAUGGAAGGUCACUGAAGAUUGUGAAGUCCUGCUGACUUGCAAAGCAUCAAACAUGAAGAAGGAUACCGCUUUUCAAUGGUUCUUUGAUAACAAAGCCCGCUCAGAUGGUCAAUAUAAUCCAAAUACAGGAGCUGGAAUCCUACGGAUUAAAAGGAUUACCAAAGCAGACAAAGGAGUCUACAAAGCUGUGGUUUCUGAUGACCGUGGACAAGACAUAACCCAACUUGAUCUUACAAAGGAAGCGUUUGAUGACAUCCUCAAGGAACUGGCCAGAAUCAGUAUUCUUUCUGCAUCACCAUUGAAAGUGCAGCCAACUGUAGAAGGCAUCAAGAUCUACAGUGAAGUAAAGUACUAUACAGAUGCCAUGAAGACCACCUGGUACCACAAUGACAAGCGUCUAGAAGGAAAAGAUCGCUUGAGAAUAGGAACAACCGUGGACCAGGUUUGGUUGCACAUCCUUGAUCCCAAGGAGUCCGACCGAGGCAAAUACACCCUGGACCUCAGUGAUGGGAAAGAGAUGCGCAGAUUGACAACUGACCUAUCCGGGAAAGUUUUCGACGACGCACUUGCUGAACAUCAAAGGCUGAAGCAAGCGGCUGUGGUGGAGGAGCUCCGUGCCAAAGUGGUCCGUGGCCUUCCAGAUGUUGCAACCAUCAUGGAAAGUAAGACUUUGUGCUUGACCUGCAUCAUCUCUGGAGAUCCUUACCCAGAAAUCACCUGGUACAAGAAUGAGAAGGUCAUUACCUUCAAAGAUCGGUACAAGAUGGAAGUGAAGGGGACCGUGAUCACAAUCACCAUUGAGGAUGUCAACAGUGAGGACACUGGGAAGUUCAGCAUCCUUGUCAAGAACAAGUGGGGCUCCGAAACUGGGAAGGUGACGGUCAGCGUCUACAAGCAGGGGGACGAACCUAAGGAGCUGAAAUAGGAACACCCCUCUGACUGAGCCCAGGUUCAGUUCAAAGGGCUGGGUCUGGUCCAGAGGGCAUCACCCAAUAGAAGAGGAUGGUCCUUGUUCAUUAGAAGGAAAGUCCCACCUCCCCAUCUCCUCCCCUUCCCCUCGUUGCUUUCUGACCAGACUCGUAGCCUUACGAUAUUUAUAGAUAUUUAUAAAAGUCCACCUCCAAGCCCCAUAAGAGGAUUAGCAUCAGGCAUCUUGGUCACCUCUCGGUGUUUUCCAGUGCUUUCAAAUAUAUAUAUAUCCAUAAAUAGCAAUAGCACUUAGACUUAUAUACCUAUUCACGGUGCUUUUACAGCCCUCUCUAAGCAAUUUACUGAGUCAGCCUAUUGCCCCCCCAACAAUCUGGGUCCUCAGUUUACCCACCUCGGAAGGAUGGAAGGCUGAGUCAACCUUGAGCCAGUCAGGAUCAAACUCCAGGCUGUGGGCAGAGUUUGCCUGCAACACUGCAUUCUAAUCACUGCACCACCAGGACCAAGGAAAGGAAGGGAGAAAUAGCAAUAGCACUUAGACUUAUAUACCGCUUCAAAGUGCUUUUACAGCCCCUCUCUAAGCGGUUUACAGAGUCAGCCUAUUGCCCCCCAACAAUCUAGGUCCCAGUUUACCCACCUCGGAAGGAUGGAAGGCUGAAUCAAUCUUGAGCCUGGUGAGAUUUGAACUGCCAAAUUGCAGGCAGUCAGCAGAAAUAGCCUGCAGUACUGCAUUCUAACCACUGCACCACCCCGGCUCUUAAAGAAUGUCAAGAGCUAGUGAAGAUACAGCCAUUACUGAUUUUAGCUCAAAGGACUAAUGAGGCGUUCAUACAUUUCAGUGAGCCAGGUGGUUUUCCCCAUUUUGUGCAAUGCAGCUGGUCCUCAACCUACAACCAUUUAUUUAGCAACUGUUUGAUGUUUCUGUUUCAUGGCACUGAAAAAAGAGACGCAUGAGAGGUCCUGACAUCUGCAACCAUGGCAGCAUCCCUACCGGUUAUGUGAUCAAAGUUCAGGCCCUGGGCACCUGAUACAGGUAGUCCUCGAGUUAUGACCACAACUGAGCCCAAAAUUUAGGUUGCCAGCUGAAACCUACUUUUCUUGCAAGAGUUGUUAAGUGAGACAUUGCAUUUGUUAAGUUAGUCAAAUGGCGGUUAAGUGAAUCCAGCUUCUCCCAUUGAUUUUGUUUGUCAGACGGUUGAAAAAGGGAUCACAUGACCCAUUGCAAUCAUGAUAAGUAUGAGUCAGUUGUCCAGCAUCUGAAUUUUGAUCACGUGACCGUGGGGAUGCUGCAACGGUCAUCAGUGUGAAAAACUGCCAUAAGUCCCUUUUUUCAGGGCCCUUGUAACUUUGAACGGUCACUAAAUGAGCUAUAGUAAGUCAAAGACUACCUGUAUAUCAGUGGUGAAAUCUGAACCGGUUUACUACCGGUUCGCUGGCUGUGCAUGCGCCCUGGGCGCCAAAUGCAAGGUGCGCAGGCGCACAGUCCACACCAAAAAGAGGGAUGGGGUAAGUAGAACAGCGCGGAGCCGGGGGGCUCAGCUGUGGCACAUAAUCUUUUUUUUUUUACUUUUAAAAGCAUUUUUUUACAACUUACUCGGCCGAAUAGGUUGUAAAAAAAAAUGCUUUUAAAAGUUAAAAAAAAAGGCUCUGACGAUCAGGCAGCUCAGCUGGGAUCAUCAGAGCCUUCUCUCUUUUUUACCUUUUAAAAGCGUUUUUUUAAAGAAGCGGCAAGCGGGCAAGUGGGCGAUUGGGUGGG